AUGGAAGACCGGUAUGCCCACAUUCGGAAGCCAACCCUGGAGGACCUUUACCUCCCGCUCCAGAUCCUCGUGUGCAAUACGAUGGAAGAGGCACUCGCGAAAACGCCGCGCGAGCUCGCCCAGCUGCCGUUGGUAAGAGUUGUCAAGCAGGAUGCUUCUGGCGAGGAAGUGAAGCCAGAAGACAUCGACACACCAGACGUCGAGGGAAGCCACACACCUGCGACGGAGACACUGAGCAAAGCGCGGGAUUUCGAGCUGGAUUUCAAGAGUCACGUCCUGUUCGAUUACGGUACUUAUGCGGUUGAGAAAAAGGUCACGGAAUGGCUGCAGACCUACGUCGUUCCACCACAACACAGCGAUUGGGAACUGAGGGACCUGCUCUGCACUUCGCCGCGCGGACGCUUGACUCUGUGCGCGGUUCUGUUGCCCAGUAGGACGAAGAUAGCUAGCGCAGCGUCCUCGCGGGACUCAGAUUCAGCACCAGACUGUGAAGAUGCUGCAGCGGGCAGUACCAUGUCAGAACGCAAACCGCGCAAGGAAUCGCCAUCGUCAUCUUCCUCCGUUUGCGAUGGGGACAAAAAACCAAGCAAGUUGCAGACAAAUUCCAUCGAGCUCGCCAGUUCGGAAAUAGCCGCUGCGUCGACCGCCCCAGAAGAUGUCGCAAAAGGGGCGACCAGAAUUCCUGACGAGCAAAGGAACGCAGCCGCAACGUCCUCACGAAAGAGACCCCGGACUGCGGAAAGCUCGGCGCAAAAAUCAUCUUCGUCGGUGCCAGCCGGCUCGCAGCCUGAGAAUUCAGAGGAAAGCGAAGAGAUGCGGUAUUUGAAUGUAGUCGACAUGGCGGGCCAUCAGUUUUUUUUGAAGGCGACGAGCGACGAAGAAGAUCACGCCCUGCCACUACUAGUGCCAACCCACUUGAAGCUUCGCACGGUGAAAGAGCAGCUAGGACAGCACAUAUACAGAAGCACAAAGUUUCUGUUCCACCGCUUGCAAACGAGUUCUACGUCCUGCGACGAAGACGAGCAGGACGGAGACGCAGCAGGGGAGACGUUUUCGGAUUUUGACGAAGUGAACUUUUUCAGCGACGCCGAAGCCAAAUCUUCUUUGAAACGCCGCUCGUCUUCGCCUGGCGAGUCGAAGAAGAUGAAGAAAACCCGCCCGAGCCAAGAUAAAGGCACGCAGUCCCUCGCCAAGCCGGGCGCUCUUGCUUCCCAUGGAAAUAAGAGGGCGCGGGUCUUUACUGCAGAAGGUGCGGCGUCAGCUGCAUCAAGCAAAGAGAAUGAGAGAUCGGCCGAUGAAGGAACUCGGUCUUCGGCAAGCAAAAGAGACAACGCUGCUGCUUGUGCCCCCGGUGCGCCACCAGAUCCAGACGAAGCGCUGAUCGAGGAGCUGGUUUGUUCUAGUGAUACCGAGAUCGCACUGCUUUUCCCUCGUGAGGAGACGGAACAAGAGCAGGAUGGCGCUGGAGAUUAG